UCCACCUCUAGCUACCCUCCUGUCUGUUCCUCUCUCUCCUCUCUACGCAUCCCCUCCCUUUUCUGUGCCCCAAGAUUUAUGACCCAUUCAGUUUGUUUUCAAACCACCUUAUUUAUUUUUGUCGGUUAUAUCCUUCCCCACACAUACUCUCCUGUUCAUUUUUCUCCUAUUCCUACUCCUACUCUUUUUUUUCUCUUUCCUCCCUCGCUCUCUCCUUUCAUUCAUCCCUGUGACGUCUGAUGCAUCCAGUUCAUCAUCGCCCUCUCCCUCUUUCCUGAGAGGCAGGAUGGGAGGGGACAGAAGGAGAGAGAGAGAGUGGGAACUGCCCGGAGAUUGCCUGAAAAAGAGAGCAGGAGAGAGAGAGAGCGAGUGAUGGGUAGGAGGAGGCAGAGGUUUUUCUCCUCUUUGUUUUGUCUGAUCCGACACGAGCCACAGAACGUGUGGGCUUGACCAAGGAAAGGCAUCUCUCCCAUGACGCUUCACCCUCAGCCUUCCCCUCUGUCUGUCUGCCUGCCUGGAGCUGAGGCUGGAGCUGGACUAGUUGUUGGCUAACGGAGAGGCUAGUGGCCCUGAGGAGAGCUGGAGGAGGAAAGGAGGAGGGGCUGAGCUGAGCCAGUGGGCUCGCUCUCUGCCUCACAGACACGUUUUAUUGACUUGCUAAUUGCCUGAGACACUCGGAGGAGAGGAUGCAGUGAGGGAAGGGAGGGAAGGAACCUACUGUACAUAAGAGUAUUACAGGCAGAGGAACAGAGAAACAGUGACUGUGUUCUGCCUAUCUGGCCACCAUCUCUGCUUCUCUUUGCUGGGGGAACUAAAACAGAUGUUUGCAGCCUGCCUUUCAUUGAUCCACGAUACGUGCAUACGUGAUUCAUGCAUGACAUUAGUGUGUCUUUGCCUCGUAUGCAGUCGGAAGGAGACUACCCACCCACCACACGCUUUUGUGACACGUGAAUGAUUUCCAUAUUUAUGUUUUUUCUUGUAUUUACCGUAACUGUUUUUCCUCUGCUGGGUCAGCUAAAGUGGUUGUUUGCUGUGUUGCCUGCUAUGUCUGGUUUGGCUUUACCACGGUACAUACCCUUUGGUGUCUGUGACGGUGCAAAUUAAAAAUAGAAACAAAUAUUUGUUAACCAAUCAAAUGUAAUGGGAAUAAGAAAAUAUGAAGAUUCUGAAGCGUACAAUGGAUAUUCUUCAAUGGAAAUGAAGAAAUUAUCUGAGAAGCUUACAGACUGAAGACUGGCUUGAGGCAGUUCAUCUUGUGUGCUUUUGUGGAGUGGGGAGCUACGUAGUACAGUCUUGGUGGGAAAAUGGACCAAGCUCAUUUGUUGGCUCUAUCAUAAUUCCAGAAUACCCAGUCUCAAACAUCAAGAUCGUGGAAAGCAAACUCAGAUCCCUGGCUUUGGGCUGUAGCUGAAUCUUGCGUAUGGAGAGAGGGAGGGAACGAGAAAGGGAGGAUUGUGAAUGAACCCAUGGAGCAGUCCAGUGGCAGCAGUCUUUACAGAUCAGCAAAGAGGAGGUGAAGAGAGGAUUACAGGAAGGAUUCAAAUAAAAACUAGUCUAGACUUAAUUCAGUAACUUAGCCUUGUUAAAAGUAUACUCCACUAAUUCAAGAUACCUUAGAGUGAUUCUCUGUCUCGCUUGUGCUGACUCUUGAGUUUUGACGUCAUGGGUUCAGAAGCCUGAAGAAGCAAUCCAGGAAGACUCCAACCACCUCUUGACAAAGUUACCAUUCACCCACAUCAGACGUAUCCAUACGCCAGGCAGUUUGACAGUACCAUCUGACUGGUGUCUGGCCUGGCUAUUGUCUCCGUGGUGAAGCCUCCGGCUGUGGGUUGCUAUGCCGGUUUCCUGUGGGUCUGUCUGGGUCACAUCGAGGGUGCUGCCACUCUGCUGAGGUUGGUCUGUCUGUCUUCCAGCCUGCCGCCCCCAUGAGCCACGCGGGCACCCUACAGAGACGCACCACCUACCUCAUCUCCCUUACCCUGGUCAAGGUCGAGGCCGUGGGGGGUGAUGGAGUUUCAAUCGGGUCCCAGCCACAACGGACCCUUGCUCUGGGGAGAGCAGGAGUGGAGGGCCCAGAGGAUGAGGAGCUGAGCAGGACCACUGAGGAUGAGGGAGGACAUGCAUGUGCCGAGGUGAAGGGAGAGGGGAACACAGAGAUGGAGGAAGAGGAGCAGGAGUACGUUAGCUUUGGGGAACCUGUACAGGAGCGGGAGAAGCCUGAGAUAAAGGAGCGAGAGAGUCGUGGUCCAGGCUCCUCAAAAGAUGUCACGUUGGAGACUAAGAGCAAGGAGUCUCCCCUCUUACCGAAGAAUGUGAAAGACCAAGUGAAAGGACUUGCAGGGGUGUCAGAUGUCCCCUCAGUGGGAGGGCUGAGGAGAGAGGGAACCCGCCCUAAAACGGAGCUCUAUAGGGAGCCACCCAUGCUGUUCCCAAGGUGCGAGGAAGGGAUGGGUGACGCAAGCAACACCCUCUCCCGGGGCAGCAUGCCCAUCACCGUACCGCCCAGGCUCACCCAGAGACCCGAGGUCCUGAUGAGGUCACAUGCCGGGGGCGGGGCUGUAAGCCGGCGGGAAUUGAGGGAAGCCAAUCAGAGUAUGCCUCCAUCCGCCAAGAGUCUGGACCGCAAAGACAACCGCAUAGGGGACCGGUCUCCCAUGACAGCUGCUGUGGCCUCUCUGGGACCAUACCGGGCGUCCUGGGCGGACAGUGAUGGCAGGUCCACCCUCCUUCGCCAGGGAGCCCCCGUAGGGGGGGGGUUUACGGACAUGGUGACCAGGGAAAGCCCCAGAGGGGACAGGCUGAAGACAGGCUCAACCUCCCUGCCAGCCCAACCCACCCCUCAGAUAUCCAAGCCGCCGAGGAAGGGCAAGAGCCGCACUCUGGACAAUAGUGACCUGCACUCCCUCUCUGAGGACCUGAAGAAGGGGAAGGACAGCCAGAGUCAGGGGGGUACCACCCAGCGUCCCCCCGCCCGUGACCGCAAGAUGCUCAAGUUCAUCAGCGGCAUCUUCACAAAAAGUACGCCUGCGCCUCCCUGCUCCAACACAGCGCCCCCUAUCUACACGCCCAUUCAGAGGGGUUCUAGUGAGGAGGAAGCGGCUUGCAGUCAAGAAUGGACCUUCAGUCGAACCGUCCAAGAGCUCCGUCUGGGGGUGUUGGGAGGUCUCCGCAGUGGGAAGUCAGCCCUGGUCCACAGACACAUGAGCGGCAGCUACCAGCCCCUGGAGAACCCAGAAGGGGGCAGGUAUAAGAAGGAGGUGCUUGUUGAUGGCAACAGUCACAUUUUGCUGAUCAGGGAGGAGACAGGACCCCCGGAUGCACAGAUGGCUAGCUGGGUGGACGGGGUCAUCCUGGUCUUCAGUCUGGAGAAUGAGGCCAGUUUCCAGGAAGUGUACAAGAACUACAGUGAGCUUGGCAUCCACCGCAACAUCGCUGAGAUCCCCUUCAUAGUGGUAGGAACCCAGGAUAAAAUCACCAGCACCAACCCUCGGGUGAUAGAGGACGCCAGGGCUAGACAGCUGUGUUCAGACGUCAGGCGCUGUACCUACUACGAGACCUGCGCUACCUAUGGCCUCAACGUCAACCGCGUCUUCACCGAGGCUGCCCAGAAGAUCAUGGCAGUGAAGAAGCAGGCAGCUCUACUGGCCUCCUGUAAAUCCCUGCCCAACUCCCCCAGUCACUCUGGAGGCUCUACCCCAUUGUCAGGAGUCUUCCCUGGUCAGGCCAGUAAUGGUGGUCAGAGCAGUGACUACUCGUCCUCUCUGCCCUCCACCCCAGUGAUCAGUCAUAAGGAGAUCGGUGGGGCAGCAGGGGGGGAGAGGCUGGGCAGCGCCACCCCAGGGUCUGUCCGCAGUGCCCCACGGCGACGCACUGGCUCCCGCUUCACGGGCCGUAGGGGCAGUGACUCGGAGAGGAGGAGUACAGACGGUAAGAUAGGAGACCUGGGUAGUGGACGCUCCAUCCCCAUCAAACAGAGCAUCCUGCUGAAGCGCAGUGGGAACUCUCUCAACAAGGAAUGGAAGAAGAAAUACGUCACGCUGUCCAACAACGGCAUUCUCUCUUAUCACUCCAGCGUCAACGACUACAUGCAGAAUGUCCAUGGGAAAGAGAUGGACCUGCUGAGGGUGACUGUGAAGGUGCCAGGGAAACGCCCGCCCCGUGCUGGUGCCGUCCCUUCCUGUGGUCCUCCGCCCGGCCUCAACGGCCUGGUCAAAGACGUCCAGGGGCCUGAGGGGGCCAGCGCGGUCCCUGGUAGUGGUAGUAACCUCCUGCCCGUAGAAGAGGGGGCGGGAGGAGGGUUGUCUCCUGGGGGGAACAGAGGGGUGCAGCGCUGCCCCUCUACUCUCUCUAACAAGCCCCAAAGCAUGGACUCUGCCAUCGAGGGGGUGUCCAGACCCUCCUCCUAUAAAGAUACAGGCCCAGCCUCCCCAAUGGUUGACAGGAAGAAGCAUCGCAGGAAGAAGAGCAUGAACCAGAAAGGAGACGUAGCCAUUGGCCAAGCAGAUGCAAAGCGCAAAAUGUGGAAACUAAAAAGCUUUGGUAGCUUAAGAAACAUAAACAAGACAGACGAGGAUAACUUUGACUUUCUGAUCGUGUCGAGCACGGGCCAGACGUGGCACUUCGAGGCCCAGAGUGUGGAGGAGAGGGACUCGUGGGUGACGGCCAUCGAGAGCCAGAUCCUGGCCAGCCUGCAGCUGUGUGAGAGCAGCAAGAACAAGGCUCGUAAGAACAGCCAGAGUGAAGCUGUGGCACUGCAGGCUAUCCGUAACGCCAAGGGCAACAGUCUCUGUGUGGACUGUGAAGCACCUAACCCAACAUGGGCCAGUCUGAACCUGGGGGCUCUGAUCUGCAUUGAGUGUUCAGGAAUCCACAGGAACCUGGGCACCCACCUGUCACGUGUCCGCUCUCUGGACCUGGACGACCUGCCCAGAGAACUCACCCUGGUGUUGGGUGCCAUCGGCAACCACCUGGCCAACAGCAUCUGGGAGGGACGUACGCUGGGCCGCAGAAAACCCACGCCCGACGCCACACGAGAGGAGCGGGAGUCAUGGAUCCGAGCCAAGUACGAGCAGAGGUUGUUUGUGGCUCCGCUGGCCCUGCCCUUCUCCAGUCAGGGGUUAGAGGUCAACACGCUGUCAGCCAGUCUGCUGGCGGCCGUGAUGGAGAGGGACCUCCCCCGCCUGCUCCUUCUCCUGGCCCAUAGCACCAAGGAUGACAUCAAUGCCCCCCUUCCCCCAGGGGGUCACCUCUCUCCACCCCCCCCUGCUGCCUCCCCCAGCCCUCCCCUGGAGGGCUCCCUCCGGCUGCCUUGCUCUGCGCUGCACGCCGCCUGCCAGCUCGCCGACGUGGUCAUGACCCAGCUGCUGGUCUGGUAUGGCAGUGAUGUGAGGUGUCGGGACGCCCAGGGGCAGACGGCCGUCACGUUGGCACGUUAUGCUGGCAGUCAGGAGUGUGCCGACAUCCUCCUGCAGUAUGGCUGCCCCAACGAGCCCGCCCCUUCGGUUGCCACAACACCAAGCCUCUCGGUCGCCACGACACCCAGCCUUUCCCGCAAGAGCAGCGCAGGCAGCCUCAGCCGCAGCAGCUCCAGAAGAGCAGUGUCUUAAUGUGAGGGGGGUAGAAAACGUGUGUGUGUGUGUGUGUAAGAGAGAGGGGGGAUAUGUGUGUGGGUGGAUGUGUCAGUGUGUGUUAGAAUGUGUGCGUGUGAGAGGUGUGCGUGUGAGAGGUUGUGUGGGUGGUGCAUGUGUGUUUGUAACCAUAUGUAUGCCAGGGUGGCUCUAGUUGAAGGGGGAGGCUGUGUCCUCUAAAAAGGAACCCAUGAAGUCACACCAGACCAAAAGGACUGAAUGGACAAGCAGCUAAUACUUUCACCACCGUAAAACCAGAAGGCAGAGCUCACUCUUACGUGUGUGUGCGUGCGUGUGCGUGUGCGUGCGUGCGUGCGUGUGCGCGUGUGUGUGUGUGUGUGUGUGAGAGACUGCUCCACUCAGUGGCUACCUUGUCCCCACUAUGGCGCUGAUGAUCCACUCUUCCAGGCUAACCUCACCACCGCUCUGUGGGAACUUUGACCUGUGUGUUACUGCUACACCACCACCUGUGCCCUGCACCUUAGUAACACACAGACAGAAAGACAAAGGGAUAAUGUAAUGACAAGCGCUGGGGCCGAAAUGGUGGCCCAUCCUGUAUGCUGACUUGGGUUCAUGCCCAAUCACAUCUCUCAAACCACAGGGCUGGGAGAGGAAAAUGAACCAGAGGUACAGAACUGCAAUAAUUGAAUUACCAGUGUGAGACAGUGGAUUUGUAGCUUUUUCUCACCCUACUGUACCUCUAGGUGCUUGGAAUCCCAUGAUAACAGACUACAAUAUGAAAACUCCCGUUUUCAUAUUUCCGUUAAAAUUCAAUAUGAACAUUUCUCCUAUGCUUCGAUGGUUAGGUGGAGUAGGUUAACUCAAAAUGCAGCUAAAUCAAUGAAGAUUCUACAUUAUGAUAACAUGAGUAUGAGGGGGCUCAUUGAAUCCUCUGAACGGCAUUGUACUUACUCACGCAGAAACGAAACAGUGGAGCCAAGACCAACAACAACUGCCAGUGCUGGAACGAACAUAACCACUGUUAAACCUCAUCACUGUACCACAGUUAAACAAAACGGUCAGUUACUGAACAAUGCUCAGCUGAGGUCAAAUUCAAAAGAAAUACUGUCCGACAGAUAAAGGAUUUGUAUUUUAAGAAUUUAGGUAAAAAUAAUAAUUGUAUAGAAAGACAUAUAUAUGAAAUUGAUAUUAUUACUUUACUUGUCAUAGUUAUCAAUAUUGAGAAGUACUUCAUGUUCCAGAAUGUUAUUGUAUGUUCUGAAGUUUGUAUGGUAGGUUCUUGUUUGUAAUACACAUGGGUUACUCUUAGCUGUUGAGAGAUUCGAAACUGUGACAGAUUUGGUGAUUCAUUUUAUUUGGCAGUCCGCUAUCUACAGUCAUGUGAAAAAGUAAGUACGCUCCCUUGAAAGUGGUCUUUUUUUUUAUUUGACAUAUUUGGACACAUGGAUAUCUGAGCUAAAUUCCAACCACAUUCAUUAAUAAAGGUGAUCCAAUUUAACAAAUCACGCAAAAAAAUGUUUACUUUGAAAAUGUUAUGCAAUUAAAAUAAACAAAAAUGCAAUUUCUUUAAGCAGUUAGUACACCCCUACCUUUAACAUCACAUCAAAUGGCUAAAAUUAGAUCCAAGUGUACCAACAUAGGUGAAAAUAAUUCGAGAGUAAAUUGGGAGGGUCCAGCUUUCCAUAAAUAUUAGAAACUGGUUUGGUCUUAACCGUAUGGGUGUUUGGUAAAAGUCUGGGAGGGGUUACAAAUCCAUUUCCAAGCAAUUUGAAGUACAUCAUUCCACUGUCCAACAGCUCAUCUACAAAUGACCAUUGGCAAUCUACCAAGGACAGAUCGUCCCACCAAAAUUAGCCCAAGAGCUGACCGAAAGAUGCUCAUAGAAGUCUCUAAGAACCCCGGGGUAACAUCAAGGGAUCUACAAACCUCUUUUGCCACAAUCAAUGUAUAAGUGCAUGAGUUAACAGUCAGAAAGAGACUGCACAAACUUGGCCUAUAUGGGAGGUCAGGAAGGAAGAAGCCUCUGCUCUCAAAAAGUAAUUUCAAGACACAACUGACGUUUGCCAGACAACAUCUGGGUGAAGACCAAAACUACUGGAACAAUGUGCUCUGGACAGAUGAGUCAAAGGUGGAGUUGUUUGGCCGCAUUGCCAGACGCCAUGUUUGGUGAAAACGGAACACUGCCUUUGAACAGAAGAACCUCAUACCAACCGUAAAGCAUGGAGGCGGUGGCAUUAUGGUUUGGGGCUGCUUUGCUGCCUCAGGGCCUGGCCAACUUGCCAUCAUUCAACCAUGAAUUCCAUAUUGUAUCAGAUGAUUCUUGAGGAGAAUGUGAGGCCAAAUGCCAAAAGGCUGAAGCUGAACCGAACAUGCAUCUUGCAACAGGACAAUGAUCCAAUGACACACAAGCAAAGCUAUAACAGAAUGGCUCAAAAAUAAGAAAUUAAGGGUUAUGGAAUUCCCCACAGCAUCCUGUCGAAAUGCUGUGGGGGAACUUGAAGCUGGCCGUGCUUGCAAGAAAGCCCUCGAACAUGACAGUUGAAGUAGUACUGUAAAGAAGAGUGGGCAGAAAUUCCUCCCUGUCGAUGUAAGAGACUGAUAGACAGUUACAAGAAACGGCUACAUGAAGUUAUUUCAUCUAAAGGGGGCAACACCAGCUAUUGAAGCUAGGGGUGUACUUGUUUUUUUCCGCACUAUGGAGUUGCAUUUCUGUACAUUUUUUGAUGAAUAAAUUAUUACAAAGUAUGAUCUUUCAGUGUCAUUUGUUAAAUUAGGUUUCCUUUAUCUGUCAAUUGUGGUGAAGUGAAGAUUACACAUCCAUCUGUCCAAAUAUGUACAACAAAAGACCACUUUCCAGGGAGUGUACUGACUUUUUCACAUGACUGUAUGUCCAUGACAUCACUUUGAGUUCCAAGAUGGAGACUUGUAAUGUGUGUGCAUAAUGUGUGUUUCAGAAAUGAGAAACAUGGAUUUACUGUGUAGUCAUAUCGAAGAAUAGAGAGAGAGAGACCGACUAGUGCAGUUGCUCUAUGUCCUAUUUUAGCUGAACAGUGUUACUGCCAGACGCCGUUUUAGUGUGAAACAAAUUAAAUGCCUUCAGUUUGAUUGAAUGUAUUGCAAUUAUUGGUAAUGUUUUGGUGACCUGCCACACCUCCAAAAGAAAAAGGGGUUCAAAGCCAAAAGUCGCAGACGUCAUUCUCGAUUAUCAUCGCAACUGUACAAAAUGAUCAUUAGUAAGAGAAAUCAUUGGCCUUGUGCUGAGAAUGUUUUGCUAGUGGCCACAUUAGAGACUAUUAUAAUAACACCACAAGGACCAUGUUGCUUGAAUAUUGGGACAAAUCUACUGUAGUGUGAUCAUACCGCUAGUCGUUUUUGAACUGAAAAUGAACAUCUCCAAUGACUCUGUGUCUGUAAAUAGUGUAAGCUUCUCUUUUUUGUUUGCAGUGUUUUUCUACUCAUGUACAUGAUUCAUGGCUCAUUCAAGUUUGCUGUCAAUACAAUUACUGUCCAACCUGUGGUGUUUUAUUUAUAGAUUUGGGGGUAUUUCAUAUUUUAAUGUGAAACUUUUAUCUGCUUAAAGAAGGAAAUAGAAAACAACACCAUACAACAAAGCAACAGAAUAAAAUGUUCAUAAUA